CUUUUUGAGUCUGAGAAGGUGUUGGUGGCCUACCUAGAGCAGUGAGCACACACGCUCACCUCCUCACUCUCCGAUCCAUGGCGCCCUCCCCCUUGUCGCUCUAAACCCUAAUCCGAACCGAGCAAUCAAACCAAAAUCGAACGAAUUCGAGGACGAGGGUGGGGAGCCCUCGAAUCCGGCAAUGGAUCGCCCGCGCUCCUCCAAGCGCGGCUACCACUACGACCAGGACUCGCCGCCGCCCCGCUCCAAGCCACGCUUCGACCGCCGCGGCGGCCCCAACCCUAACAACAGCUACCACCGCCGCGGCCCCCCCGGUGGCGGCGGCGGCGACCGCCGUGGCGGCUUCCAGCUGCCACCCGACGCCGCCCCGCCCCCGCCCCCACCCCCGCCGCCUUCCUCCGCGGCGGCGGGGGGCGGGGGGCCCGGCAUGACCACCUCCUUCCGCAUCCUGUGCCCGCAGUCCAAGGUCUACGGCUUCCCGCCCAGCUUCAUCGCCAAGGUGCGGGACGACACCAACGCGGUCGUCACCAUCCACCUGCCCUACCCUGGCGACGCGGUCCGCGUCAUCGAGACGUCCGACGGCGCGCGCCGCGAGGCGGAUGGGCGGCCGCCCUCGUUCUCGCCGGCGCAGGAGGCGCUCCUCAUGGUGCACCGGCGGAUCCUGGAGACGGAACCAGACGACGGCGAUGAGGAUGGCGAGUAUGGGCCCAGGGCCAAGGAUGCCAGGGACCGAGGCAAGGUGACCACGCGCCUCAUCGUGCCGCGCCUCCAUGUUGGGUGCCUCCUUGGUAAGGGUGGCAAGAUCAUUGAGCAGAUGAGGGCCGAGACCAAAACGCACAUCAGGAUCCUGCCACGCGACCAGCACACGCCGCGGUGUGUAUCGUUGUCGGAGGAGGUUGUACAGGUUGUUGGAGAGGGGAAUUGUGUUAAAAAGGCUGUAGCGAUAAUCUCCGAUCGCCUAAAGGAAAGCUUACACCGUGACCGUGGCCCCUUCCGUGGACGGAUGAAUUCACCAGAGCAUCGAUUUCCUCAAGAGGAUGAAUACUAUGGUGGUGCACAGCAGAUGCCUGCAUAUGAAGAACCUUAUGGUCGACCUGAUCAAAUUAGAAAUAAUACUAGCAUGGAGCUGCCAGGGUAUGAGUUUGAUUCAAAUGGUGGCAAGAUCAAUGAUCACACAGAAAUUCUGUUCGAUGACAUCAUAUUUCGAAUUCUUUGCCCAAGUGACAAGGUUAACAGUUUAGUCGGAACACGUGAUGGAUUGUUAGAGAUGUUACAGGAAGAUGUUGGUGUUGAUAUUAGGCUUACUGAUUCUCUUGAUGGCUCUGACGAAAGGAUCAUAAUCAUCACAUCAAGAGAGGGCCCAGACCAUGAGCUUUUUCCAGCUCAGGAAGCAUUGCUGCACCUCCAAACUCAUAUUGUAGACCUUGGUCCUGAUAAAGACAACAUUAUUACAACAAGGUUACUUGUCCCUUCAAGUGAAAUUGCUUGCUUCGAGGGAAGGGAUGGAUCAUUAUCUGAUAUACAGAGACAGACCAGUGCAAAUGUACAGAUAUUACCAAGGCAAGCUCUUCCAUCUUGUGCUCUAGAGUCUGAUGAGCUUAUACAGAUUGUAGGAGAGAUUAGAGCUGCACGGGAUGCUCUUGUGCAAAUAACUGCAAAAUUACGGAGUUACUUCUACCGCGAGAUUCCUGGUCCUAACCAACUUGGCAAUAUUACUGUUCAUGGCUCCAUUUCUCCAGCAAAAGGUUCACCUAGAGGACCAUACCAGGGAAGUGAUAUUCCAAUGCCAUCCUACCAACAAGCACAGCAUGUUCCAGCUUCAUGGAAGGAUAGUGGAGGUGGUGCAAAUAUGUCGUUUGAGCAAGGGAGCAACAUUAAUGAUGAUAUGAGGCAAAGUGCUGCAAAACGAUUUGCUGUUCCUCUAGUGACAAGAAGCACAUUAGAAGUUGUCAUACCAAAGAGUGCUGUUGCAAGCCUUACUAUGAGAGCUGGAAGCAAGCUUGCUCAAAUAAGCGAGAUGUCUGGUGCCACUGUCACACUUGCUGACGAAAGGCCUGACGCCAUAGAAAAAGUUGUUCGAAUAUCUGGUACUCCUGAGCAGGCUGACAAAGCUCAGAGCCUGCUUCAGGGAUUUAUUCUUAGCAUCCAAGAUGACAUUCCUUCAGGCUAAUUGGAGACAGUGGAGGCCUACGCUGUCAUGUUCAGUAGGGUGUAAUGCAUCUUGAGUUUUUGUGAGGUAUUUUAACCUCUGCUAGCAUGAGGUGUGCCUGACUUAGCAUUAUUCGUGGGCAAAAUGUUCAUGUAUACCACCAAGUUGCCAACAUGUACUGUCCAAAGUCCUAAAACAUAUUAUGCGGUUUCUCGCAAUCACCCCCACCGCUUUUUUUUCCUUUUUCUUUUUCCUUUUUUUGAGAAACAAUCACCCUACCGCUGAUACCUCAUAUUAUGCGGCUGAGAGGCCAAGUGUAAAAAAAAAAGGGCUGAAUAGGGCACUAUUCGUUAUUCGUUCUGUGGUUC